CGAGAAAGAUAUUGAUGAAGAUAUCAAUGACUUACGAAGAAACUUAAGUGACGAAAAUGCCAAUCCGAAUCAUCUCAAUGCUAAUCAAGUAUUCAGAUUGACGCCACUGGAACCGGUCGUAGCGGAUGAUACGGGUCCCGUCGCGCCCGAAAACACCACGGAAAAAACAUAUACGCCGCUACUACCGCCGACGCGCUUAACAGAUUCUGUAGACCCAUACAUAUCCAGAAGCUGUAAUGUUAAUGUCUCCAAAUCAAAUUGUUAUCAAUCUUUUAAUAAUUCCACUCGGUCACACUAUGAUAACACAAUGCUUUACGGAAAUGAGCAGCGUCAGUACUCAGCACCGUCAGCACCGUACCCCACUAUGUCUUGCUCCGCUGCGACUAAUCGGUGAUUUUGGAGACCAAUAUACGGGUCUGCGGGAAAUACCUGAAAACACUCGUCAAUCAAUGCUAGGAGACGUUCCUCAAUAUGGGCAUAAUCCUACCCAUACCACGCGAGAAGAUGAAAUGCUAGUAUUGCGAGAGAAGAUCGACAAUCUCAUCACAAGAGAGGAGUACAAUAAAACUUUAUUGGACUUAUCUGAGAAGGUAGCAACUAAAGAUGAUUUGCA